GUGAUAACAUUUUUCGCCUGGAAAGUGUCAUUUGAAACUUCAUUUUCACGUCAAAAAGAGGUAUUUCCCAAAAUUAUUGUAAAAUUAUUGGCAAUGUUUUUAUAAACAUCUUUAUCGUCAGGAACGAUAGUAACUAUCGGUUGAUAACUGAUUAUCCUUAAUUAUAUAUUUUAUCUCUAUGAUAUAUGUGAACAAACUAUGAAUAUACAGAAAAAGAUAUAAAUGUAUUAUGCAUAAGCAUAACAUUCUUGAAAUACCUGAAUAACAAGAGAAAAUUAUUACAUCCAUCCCCGAAACUCGACGAGAAUUGCAACACAAAGGUAUACUGAAUCAUUUUAAACCAUGCCUUGCAUAAAGUGUAAUUCUGAUUUCAAUUUGUUUAAUUGGAAAAUGAAAUGUGGGGAGUGUGAGGAAAAAUUUUGUGCAAGUUGUCUCAGAAGAAGAGAAGGUUUGUUUUAUUGUGAAACUUGCAUUACACUAUUAAAGAGACCUCCUGAUCGUGGAAAGUUAAUGGAACUCAAAUCCAAAGAUCUUCAAGAAUACCUUAAGAGGCAUAACAUUUCUACCCACGGACUUGUUGAAAAACAGGAGUUGGUGGAUUUGUUCUGUAGCAGACCUAUUCCUAUUAAACAAAAAAAAAGCACAGAUAUAUUCACCACAAAUCUAGCAUAUUCCCUACAGAAUCUUAGAGAAAAUCCAGCUUUGGGCAAAUUUCUAGGAUCAGAAAACUUCUUUGCCACAAGCGGUAGACAUCAAGCAAGUCCUAGUAACAGUCAGGAAUCGCCAAAUGCUCCAAGGCCUCCUCCUAGAAGGAGAUCUCCUAGAAAUUCACCAACAUCUACCUCUGCCCAGUUUCAACCUUCAUCUUCCUCAUCUUCUCAAUCUAGCAGUGGAAAUAUUCCACCAGGUGGAAAUAGGGAGUCUCCUUCAACUAGUUUUGAUAAUACAUUAGGUUCUGAAUGGGUUUAUGUUAAUCCAGAGGAAACUCUAGACAAUAUCUCACAGCCAAAGACUCCUGAAGGAAGUCCUCUUCUUCGUAAGUGUCCAAAAUUAUCUGAAAUUACCUCUGAAGCAGACUUAAGCAAACUGACUGCCAAACAGUUGAAAGUUCUACUUACCCUUAAUAGAGUGGAUUACAAAGGUUGUGUAGAAAAGACAGAACUCCUUGAAAAAGCUGCAAUACUAUGGAGAGAAAGCAGAAAGCAAGAGAAAGAGCUUCCAGAAAAUCUAGAAGAUCUUUGCAAACUUUGCAUGGAUGCUCCUUUGGAGUGUGUUCUACUAGAAUGUGGUCAUAUAGCAACCUGUGUUGAGUGUGGCAAGAAACUAGCAGAAUGUCCUAUUUGUAGACAAUAUGUUAGCAGAGUUGUUCGAACAUUCAAAGCCUGAUAGAUUUUAAUUAAACACCAUCAAUAUCAAAUGGAAAUUUGUGAAGCAAGGAAUUUGAAUUAUUCAAAUUCUUACAACUAAAUGUCCAUUGAAUUCUAUUUUAAGUUUUGAUAAAAAUUCAAUGCUUAAACAUGUUUAGAUAUUUCAAGAAUAAAAAUCAUUCCUCAAUGUAUAAGUGUUAAUUUAAGUGACACAUUAGGAAAAAUUUAAUGUGGGUGUAGUGGAUACCAAAAAAAAAAAAAUUUUUUAAAGAAAUUCCUGUUUUGAAUACUUGUAAUCUUCCAUUUGACCUUUAUUGAGAAUGUAUCUACUUGGACAAAAAAUUAACUUUUUUUACAUGAUUUGUGAUAUUGCCCCGAUGGAACAAUUAAAUUGUUGAUGCUUGUGUUGAAUUCAUAGUUGAGAUUGAGAGUUUCAAAAUUGUUCUUAGAUUCUAGUUAUCUAAAAAUCUGUGAUUACAAAAAUUAAAAUUUCAUAGUUCAUAUAUUAUUAUACUUCAAAAUUGAAUAAAUAGAUAUAUAUAUA